CAGCAAAAUUGCUAUUGUAUGUUGCUGACUGUGAUGAUAAUAACGAUGAUGAUAAUGAUGGUGAUGACGAGGACGAUGAUGAUGAUGUUGAUGAUGAUGACGAUAAUGAUAGUGGUGAUAAGAUCAAAACGUGGAAAUAUUACGUUUGUUGA